AUGCCCGACCUCAUGUCACCGCCCUCGGCGCACCACGGGGCCGGCGGGUGCGCCGGAUCCGGCGCGGCGGCGCGCAGAGGCGUUUCUGCGCGCCGGGCCUCGCCGGGGCCGCCCAGGGAGCGCGGCCGAGGUUCGGAGGCGGCGGCGGCGGAGGCGGAGGCUGGAGCACGGCGCCGACUCGCAGAGCCCUCUGUCGGUCACGUGGUGUGGGACUCACGGCUGCAGCCAUGGAAGGUUGCGUGGGCUGAUUGGAGAGAGAGAGAGAGAGUAGGGGGUGUGUACGGAGCGGGGCCUGGAUGGUAUAUUGAAUGA